AUGACUGCCUCACUCCUUACCCUAGAUGUCAAAGGCGCCUUUGAUUCUGUACUUCCCGGCAGACUGAUCCGCAGACUACGCGAGCAGGGCUGGCCUACCAAUCUCGUUCUCUGGAUUGCCUCCUUCGCUACUGGAAGAUCAGUUCAGAUCCGACUCGAUGGAGAGAUUGGCCCCUCAACAGACAUUACCUGCGGCGCAAGAGCAGUCCUUCCAGUCUUCUGCACAAUCCCAAAGCCAGUCCUUUAUCGAGAGUCUGGAUUCUCUCCACCAGAAAUCGAACUAGAUCGAAUAGCCCUCCUUGCAACUGUCCGCCUACAGCGUCUCAACCCUUAUCACCCACUUCGAAGACGCGCAGAACAGAUCACUAGUAAUGGCCGACAAAUCAGCCAAUUUGCCCGCCGUACACUGGCCCUCCCAAACUCUGAACAGAUAAACCCUCUCCAAUACACUCCCUGGCACCCUCGCGAGCCUCGUGGGAAUGCUCAAGCUUGA